AAUUCAAGUUGGUGCUCGGGUGGUUGAAGACGUAAGAAUUAUUUUUUCCUACAACCACUGCGCCUCAUAUAAAACAUCCCAAUAAAACCAACCCUUUCUCAGUUUGAAAAUAACAGUGACUUGAGAUAGACGGACGUUAUAUAUCAAAUUUCUUUAUAAAUAAGUUAACAUCAGUGAUUAUAACCAGAAAAAAAAAAUUAAUAAAUAAUCAAAUGUUUAAAAAAAAAUGUGAUCAUCAAAGGAGAAGAAGUAAAAAUACUCCCAAGAGCACAUGGUGAUUUGUGUAGUAAACAGAUCAAUAUGUGUAUUUAUGAAGGAAUUAUAAAGAAUCAUUUGGGGUGGUGAAAAAUACCAUUUUAAAUUUGGAAAUGUUUGAUGUGACAUAGACAUGUACAGUGUAGACAGUGUGUAAGAAAUAUAUCUAAUUAUACAUUUUGACAAAUUUGCAAUUACAAAGUGAAAGUCAAAAGGGCACUUGAGGAAGUGUAAUAAAAAAACAUUCCAUUUAUGUGACCAUCCUAAAUCCGCCAAAUUUAUGCGCAUAUCGUCACCACAAAAGAGCCAUUGGAAAUCACCUUGAACAAACCUCACGGAACUCUCCUCUCCAUCACAUGGAAAGUUAUAUUGUGAAGAAAAAUUAUGCUCACUAAAAAUAGAAAAUUAUUCGGACCAGAGUUGGAGGAGAAGAACAAGAACAAAAAAAAGAGCAACAACAACAGAAAUCUGCGAAGAACCCUAUAAUCACAAUCAAAGAGCAAUAUAAGAUUUAUAAUUCCGUGAGUUUGCGUAAAAAAAAAAAUCUUUUGAGACGCAGAACAUCAGCAUAAAAAAAGAGAAGAAAACACAGAGAGAAGGGACUUUAGCAUUGAAGAACAUACACAACAUAAUUUCCUAUUAGAAGAAACAUUAAAUUUUUUUGUUGUUUCUUCUUUCAAUCGUUUUUUUUUUCUUCCAUUUGGCUCUUUUUGGGUGGUAAUAACAAAUAUUUUGCGCAACCCUGUGUAUACAUAUUAUGCGAAAAAAAAGGAAUUAACCUUGAUAAGAAUUUUAUUGACCCAUGCAGGCUAUAGUGCGAUAAGGAAAUUAACUUUGACAUCACUUCAAUUGCGCACGCGUGUACAAUAACCGCCCAUCCUCAAUUCAGUAGAAAACAGAAAUUUUUUUGGGAUAAAAAUAAUGCCUUUUGACAUUUUGUUGAAUAAUUGUGCUUGUCCUCCCGUUCGUGCCUGAUCUGUGCAUUUAGUGAUUAUUUUAUUAUUUUAAACAUUUUAAAAAUCCAAAUGGUGAAUGAUAACUUGCUCCAGAGGAAUAAUACAAUGGAGAUGGAAAAUACGAUAGAGUCUGAAAUUUCCCAUAGCUUUGAACUCAGUGAGAAUAUUUUGCCGAGAAGUGCAGAUUCAACAAAUACUCGCAAUAUUGAGAAGACAAGUGAUGAGGUAGCAUUCAAAGUUCCAUUGGAAACAGUGUCAAGUGAUGCAAAAGGAAUCUCAAGUAUUGAUCUUCCAUCGAAGAGCCACCCUUUAUCUGCUGCUGAGAGUGACAAAGAAUCCAUCAGCAAACCUCUAAAUGACCCAUCUAUCCGACAAUCAACCACCACUACCACCACAUCGUCAGAUACUCGAAUUCUAGCUAAAGCACAAUCACUAGACGUUGUGGAAUAUCACAAUUCAAUGGAUUCACUAGAUGACACACGUCCUAUUUAUCCUAAUCUUCCCUACAGUCCCUACGGCAGCCCAUAUGGAAGUCCCAGUCCCAGCAGACGACGAGCACCCCUUCGAGAAUCCGUGAGAAUCUCCAUUGAGCAAUCGGGAAGUUUUAUUCAAUUAAACCAAUACAAAUUGCUCGAUCAAAUUGGACAGGGUUCCUAUGGACUUGUCAAAUUGGCUUAUUCGGAGGAAGAUUCAACUCACUACGCUAUGAAAAUACUAUCAAAACGAAAAUUACUGAAAAAGGCUGGACUUUUUUCCCGGGGUCCACGUAAAACAACAUCUCCUCUUGAUCGAGUUUACAAAGAAAUUGCUGUUUUAAAAAAGCUUGAUCAUCCUAAUAUUGUUAAAUUAAUUGAAGUUCUGGAUGAUCCCCUGGAAGAUUCCCUGUAUUUAGUGUUUGAACUAGUUCAACAAGGAGAAGUGCUAAGUAUUCCAACGGAUCGUCCACUAUGUGAACAACGUUCCUGGAAUGUUUUUAGAGAUUGCCUUCUUGGCUUAGAAUACUUACAUUACCAAAAAAUUAUUCACGGAGACAUAAAGCCUGGAAAUUUACUUCUUGGAGAAUGUGGACGUGUUAAAAUUGCUGAUUUGGGUGUGUGCAAUGAGUUUCUGGGUGAAGAUGCUGCAAUGAAUAUUGGAUCAAAUGCCGGAACACCCGCUUUUCGUGCCCCAGAAACACUCCAUACGGGUCAGUAUUCAUAUAAUGGAAAAGCUGCUGAUAUUUGGGCACUUGGAGUGACACUUUAUGCCUUAAUUUUCGGCAAUGUACCUUUUGUGGCCAAAUCAAUUCCUUCUGUCUUUGAAAAAAUUAAAAAUGACGAAUUUGUUUAUCCCGCUGAACCAAAAAUCUCAACUAAUCUCAAAGAUUUAAUCAACAGGAUACUCCACAAAGAUCCAAACCUGAGGAUAACACUACCAGAAAUAAAGGUUCAUAACUGGGUGACAGCCAAUGGAAGACACCCCCUUCCGUCCGAGGAAGAUAAUUGUUGCUUAAUUCAAAUCAACGAAGAAGAUAUGAAGAGUGUUGUGAAAAGCAUUCCAAAGUUAGACACCGUUAUUCUUAUUAAAACAAUGCUUAAGAAACAAUCCUUCCAAAAUCCUUUCACUGUGAUGCCUAUAUCAGGCCGAAUCUCACAAAGAGGCGGAUCUCGAUUGGAAAGGUUCACCAGAGCUGGACGUUCUAAUUCCGCACCAGGAGCUCAUCGUACUUACGAAAGCCAUAGACAGCCAUCGAGUGACAAUUUACUGCCGUCUGUUAAAGAAGAUCUGCCCUCAUCGAGCAAAAAUCCAAAUCCAGAUGAAGAAAUUCAGCAGUAGAGAAAAAAAAUAGAAUUCGACCAACCGACAAUUUAUGCACAUUUUAGCAUUUUUUAAGACUUAACAGUUAUUGGGGGAACAUUUACGUUAAAGAGAACAAAGUUUGUAAUAUAAAAAAAAGGAAAUGAUAUAACCAAUAGCUUUUUCUCCUCUCUUCUUAUGAGAUAAUUUAUUGUGAAGACUUUUCCAAAGUCAAAAAAAACUCUCUAUGUAAUCGUGAUAAUGGUGAUCGUUAAUUAUGCUCAAAUAUCACUUUCAAAUUUCUUCUGGUAUAACAGUUUUUAAAACAAAAUAAUAAUAUAAAGUUCGACAAAGCUUGUAAAAAAAAACAGUGAUCAAAGAUCCUUUAUAAAGUUAAAACAAAUAUUUAAAAAAAAAAAAUGUAGUUAGCCAAAUGGGGCAAAUUUUGCUUGUUCAGCAAAUUUUACAAAAGAAAAAUGUUUCAAAUAAGCUUUAACAAAUAUAACAAAUCUUUGACGUGGACCUUUGCGCAUAAUAAAGACGUAUAUAACGGAAUUGUGCAUUAAUUAUGUUUUAAUAAAUAAAAAAAAUUAGAAGCUUCCGGAGAA